UUUAAUUGUCCAUCAGCAGUGAAAAUUAAGACUCGAGUCGGCUUUUUCAGAAUGUGGAAAUUUCUAUUAGUGGCAAUUUUAGCAAUAAAUCAUUGCAAUGCUGUGUUGGAAAGCGAUGCUAAUACGCUGGUACUGCUAGACAAUUUGGCCAUACGCGAAACACAUUCCAUUUUCUUUAAAUCACUGCAAGAUCGUGGCUUUAAGCUGACCUAUAAGCUAGCUGAUGACUCUGGCUUACUCUUAUCGCGCUACGGCGAAUACCUAUACAAGAAUCUGAUAAUCUUUGCGCCCAGUGUAGAGGAAUUUGGCGGCGAUAUCAGCGUCGAGCGACUCGCCCAGUUUGUGGACGACGGCGGCAACGUUUUGGUUGCGGGCAGCGAGAAGUCUGGCGAUGCCCUGCGUGAGUUUGCCUCCGAGUGCGGAUUCGAGCUGGACGAGGAGAAGGCGGCGGUCAUCGAUCAUUUGCACUACGAUGUGAGCGAUACGGGCGACCACACCACGAUCCUGACCUCGGCACUCAAUCUGAUCGAUGCGGCCAGUGUGGUGGGCAACGAGAAUCGCAAGGCAGAUGCUGCUCCGCUACUUUAUCGCGGCACUGGACUCAUUGCCGACAAGGAGAAUCCGCUGGUGCUAAAGCUCUUAACGGCCGAGAGCAGCGCCUACAGCUACAAUCCUGAGCAGAGCGUUUCCGACUAUCCUCAUGCUGUGGGCCGUAACACUCUGCUAAUUGCUGCCCUGCAGGCACGCAACAAUGCACGCGUCGUCUUCUCCGGCUCGUUGCAGUUCUUCGCCGACGAAUCCUUCACCAUGGCCGUGCAGUAUGCACAGAACGGCGCCUUCUUCAAGCAGGCGGGCAACCGUCCCGUCGCCGAGUCAAUUAGCAAGUGGGUGUUCGGGGAAAGCGGCCGGCUGCGCGUCGCCUCCGUGCGCCACCAUAAGGUGGGCGAGAAAAAUCCCCCAGAGCAAGCGUACACGAUCACCGAUCCCGUUGUCUACACGAUUGCCAUCGAGGAGCUGGUCCAGGGCAAGUGGCAGCCAUUCAAAGCCAACGAUAUUCAGCUAGAAUUCGUACGCAUCGAUCCGUUUGUGCGCACCUUCCUCAAACAAACGAAGAGUGGCAGCUAUGAGGCCCGCUUCAAAAUACCGGACGUCUAUGGUGUCUAUCAGUUUAAGGUAGACUACAAUCGGGUGGGCUACACUCACCUGUACAACACCACCCAGGUGUCGGUGCGUCCAUUGGAGCAUACACAAUAUGAGCGAUUCAUACCGAGCGCAUUCCCCUACUACACUAGCGCCUUCUCCAUGAUGAUCGGCGUUUUUGUGUUCUCGUUCGUCUUCCUGCACUUCAAGGAGGAGACCAGAACUGGCAAGGAUGACAAAAAAACCCAAUAGAUCUUAGUAUUUAUAUGAACAAUUUUUUCGCGUAUGCAUCUAAUAUCAAAUGAAUGUGCAUAUAUUUCAAUAAACGC